CAGGAGUAGCUCUGUGCGCAUGCUUUACUCGCCUUCACUGACGGUGUACUGCUCCGCCCGGGAAGUUUCUGCUCUGCGUCCGGAGCCGAUGAUCCCUGUGUUUAUAUCUUUACGGCAGGGCUCUCUGCCGUCCUGCUAAGCGGACAGUUCGGUCAGUCGUUACCAGGGAGGCACCGACAAGUGGGAGAAGAACCUGAUGAGCAAAGAAGGCGAACAACUCGAGCGCUCCCCCCUCAGACUGUGAUGACAUCACAAAAAAGGAGGUCAUCUUUGCCGGGGAACACUGCAGAGCGCCAGAAGCUUAACGAAUGUGAAAGCCAUUGUGUUACUUCUAAAAAGAGACAUGUCGUUAGCAAAGCUAAAACAAAUCCGAAUACAGCGCAGAAGAAGCAAGCGACAAAAGCACCUGCAAACAAAGCCAUUAACUCAAAAUCAUCCAAGGCAGAAACAGGGCGAAAAAGUACAGUUUUAAAAACUACCAAAAAAAGUGCUGCAAAAAUUGUGCCUGCAAAGGGUAAAAGCCUACGUUUAGCCAAAGAAGUGACUUCUUUAAAAAAGGGUACACAGAAGUCUUCCAGCUGUGCUUCAAAAGCACUGAAAAAUAGUCCGUCCAAUGUCGGCAAAACGGAGCCAUCUGUGCAAAAUAAAAGUAACAAAAUAACAAGAAGCUCUAGCAAAAGUUCUGCUUUGAAACUAACAAAAACGGUUAAAUGUGUGAAAAAGAAUGGCAGCGCAAAAACCAGACGGAAAUCUGAUUUAAAGACUGUAGGUGUAAAGAAAACUGUCAAGAAUACAAGCCAUGGCACUCAAAGCAAAUCUACACAGAAGAAAGCAACAAAGUGUGAUAUGCAGCCAAAAUGUAAUAAACAAAUAAAAAAAGUCAUCAAUGUAAAGAAACAAGCUGUUCCUACUUUAAAAAAGCAAGCACCAGUUAGAAACGCAACUGCUAAAAAAUCAGAAGAGGAAUCCAAGACAAAAGCACAUAAGCCAGCACGAGCUGUUCAGAAGACAACUGGUACACGCAACAUGGGGAUUAAGCCAUCACAGCCAAAUCCACAGCUAUCAAUCAUUCCUGUGGUGUCUAAAAAGAAGAUUGAAGACAAAACUAAGCGAGGAGGUACAAAAACAACUCCCAAGAAUUCAAAAGUAAGACCUAGAGAGAAAAUAAAAACUGCAGAAGCUAAAAGUGUUAAGAGAAGUUGCCCUGUCAACCAAAGCAAGAACUCUGUAAAAUCUAAGUCUGUCUCCAAAAGUAGUGUAGAGAAAGAGAUUACAGUUGGUAACAUGUCUGUUUCUUGUUGUAGUUCUAAUCAAAUGUUGGAUUCAUCCUUGAUUGGAAAAAUAUCCAGUGGAGACAAAGUUGUAGUAAACAUUUUGUCAUCUGCAGCACCAUUAAAGCGUAAAAGGAACAACAUAAAAUCUAUGGACAGCACAACCAAAAGUAAAGCAAAAAAGCAGAAGGUUGUCCAAUCGGAAGCCAAUAAAAAAAAGGAUACACCUUCUGAAGAUGACCAGAAAUCUAAGAGAGUUAGUAUCUUGGAUUUAUGCAAUGAAAUAGCUGGAGAAAUAGAAUCUGAUACAGUAGAAGUUGUAAAAGGACCAAGUUCUCCAACUAGCCCUACCAAGGUAAAGCUUGAUGAUGAGAAAGUACAAAACCUGGCAGACGUCUCUCCACCUGCUGCUGAAAAAAGUCCAGUCAACCAAUUGAAACGUUUUUUUCCAAGUAGAAAACCACUGCAAACCAAAUGUAAACUGGAGAAGAAAAUUAGUCCUGGAACAAUGAAUUCUAAGUGGAACAAAAUCAAAUUCAAAAAUAACUUUGCUCAAAAUAAUAUACUCCGAAAACGAACUGUGCUUCCCAGUCUUGAGGCGAUUAAAGCAAAAAUUUCACAAGGGCGACAACCGGCAUCUGGCAUCCCCGUUUCACCAAACAGCAAGACAUCUGAUACAACAUCAUCAACGCAGAAUAGGCAAACCAAACCUGCUCUGUUUCAAAAAAAAAAAGGGAAUACUACUCUGAUACCUGGAGGUGGAGAUAUGUUGGAAAAGACAUCUGCAGAAAAUGGCCUCCUGGAAAACCAUAUAAAGCAUGAGCUUGAAGCAGCACUUGAUGAGGGUUUCAGAUUACAUUUGGAUUCAAGUCCUGAAAAUACUCCAUUGAAGAAAUCCGUAGUGUCCUCUUCACCAGAGCUCAAGCCACCACUCAUUCAAAGCAGUGAUUGCAAGCAGCUGACAGAGCAGAUGGCUGCAUCUGCUGAGAGAGGGGUUUUUGUGAAACGAGAUGUACCAGAAACGAGAUCAACUAAACCAGCCUCCGAUGCAAGCAUUCAGAAAGAACUCAGAAAAAUGAAAGAGGCCAGCAGUGAUAGCACCAAGCAACCCAUCAUAGAUGCUGGACAGAAGCGAUUUGGUGCCAUAUCUUGUUGUGUUUGUGGCAUGUUAUAUACUGCAUCAAAUCCUGAAGAUGAGACACAGCACCUUCUCUUUCAUAACCAGUUCAUCAGUGCAGUAAAAUAUGUGGGCUGGAAGAAGGAAAGGAUUGUGGCCGAAUAUCCGGAUGGAAAAAUCAUAAUGGUGUUGCCAGAUGACCCUAAAUAUGCACUUAAAAAGGUUGAGGAGAUCAGAGAAAUGGUGGAUAAUGACUUGGGGUUCCAGCAAGUUCCACUUCGGCUGCAUUCCAGGACAAAAACCCUUAUGUUUAUUAGCACUGACAAGAAAGUUGUGGGGUGUUUAAUUGCAGAACAUAUACAGUGGGGUUACAGAGUAAUUGAUGAUUUUAAUCCAGGUAAUCUAUCAUCUGACACAGAGAAGUUAUUUUCUGAGAGAGUGAAAGCUUGGUGCUGUUCUACUACUCCUGAGCCGGCUAUCUGUGGAGUGAGCCGCGUCUGGGUGUUCUCAAUGAUGAGGAGGAAGAAGAUUGCUUCCAGGAUGCUGGAGUGUCUAAGAAACUAUUUUAUAUAUGGCUCUCAUCUGAGCAAGGCUGAAAUUGCAUUCUCAGACCCAACUCCAGAUGGCAAGCUGUUUGCAACCAACUAUUGUGGCACCAGUCAGUUUCUAAUAUAUAAUUUUGUCAGCGGACAACAUCCAUCGAGUUGAAGAAUGGACUUCUUAGUUUACAGACAAAGCCUGUAUGUUAUCAUAUGCCCCUACAAAUGAACUCAGGAGGUGAACACCCCAAGGGUUGUUCGUAUGUUAUUUUUAACUGGAAUAAAAGGAUUCACAAAAAAAAGCUUGAUUUUAAAAGCAAAUAUUUUGAUAUCUUUUUCUUCCAAGAGAUCAUGGUUCAAAUAUUUUCUAUACCGUACUUUAGUCAUGUUAACAUGCAACAAAUGAGUUUGUUCAUAGUGGACUAAACUAAUUGUAAAGAUGGUAGACUCUGAUGAGUGUAAACUGAAGUCCUCAUGUGGGUAUAUACAGAAGCACAUGAUGUGUCUGCAGACAACCAGUAGCUGGUUGUGACUGGCGUGUUCUCUUGUUCUGUUUUAGACCAGUGACAGCUUUGUAAGUUCUAAGGAAGAAAAUUCUAAUU